GAAAUUAGUGACUUUCUUCCCUUCGCUUUGCUUUUCAAGGUGAAGCCAGUCAUCCACAGCAGGAUCAAUGUGUCUGCCCGCUUCAGGAAAUCACUGCACGAGCCUUGCACCAUUUUCCUGAUUGCAAAUGGAGAUCUUAUAAGCCCAGCUUCUCGACUCCUCAUCCCUAAAAAAGCUUUAAAUCAGUGGGAUCAGAUACUACAAAUGGUCACAGAAAAAAUAACUCUUCGGAGUGGAGCUGUCCACAGGCUUUAUACUUUAGAAGGAAAACUGAUCGAGAGUGGGUCAGAGCUGGAGAACGGGCAGUUUUACGUGGCUGUUGGCAGAGAUAAGUUUAAGAGACUACCUUACAGUGAGUUACUUUUUGACAAGUCAGCGAUGAGAAGGCCUUAUGGUCAGAAAGCUUCUUCACUACCUCCCAUAGUUGGAUCGAGGAAGUCUAAAGGGAGUGGAAAUUAUCGCCAAUCUAAGUCAACCAUCGGCUCCAGUGAUAACUCAUCUCCUCAGCCUCUGAAGAGGAAAGGGAAGAAAGAUUCAAACUCAGAAAAACCCACAAAAGUGAAGCAAAAUGUGAAGUCGAAGGAUUACCAACAAGCAAUCCUAAGCAACGAUGAAGGCAUUUUCAAAGCUGGAGCAGAGAGAUGAGAAAAGAGGGGGGCAGCAGAAGUCCAAGAAGAUGAAGACACAAGGCCAGCAGAAAUAGUUGAUGAGGAAGAAGAUGGGGAGAAAACAAACAAAGACAUCAAACAGAAGGAAGACUUUUCAGCAAUGAAUGGUGAAACUGAAGAUGGAGGGAGUAGUGAAGCUACUGAUGCCCCUAAGCAAGAGGAGGGAAUCCCAGACCAUGCAGAGAAGAAGGCAAGUCCUUCCCGGGUAAAUGGUACCACUGAUGAAGAGAAUGGUGAAGAAUUGGACCAGGUUACUGAGGAGCUUCAACCGACAGUGGAUGAGGAAGGAAAGGCUGAAGGAGACAACAGUGGACAAGAUAAGGCAGACUCAGAUGCUCAAAGACCACCAAGACCAGAAGUGACAAUAACCAGCCCUCAAGAAAAUGAAGAGAAUGAACAAAACAAGGACUCUUCUGCUGUGGCAUAGGUGGUUUUAAAGCAGGGCAUACAUGGGACGUAAGAGCAUGAAGGGAUGCAAUACUUGAAUAAUGAACAUGACAUCUCUGUAAGACAGACUCGGCAAUAUGGUGGGGCACUACCUGCUGAAUUUUAGAAAUAGAAGCUAAGAGGAAGGAAGGUUAGGAAAUUUGUAGCUCAAAGCAGAAUGACUUAUGUUUAUGACAGAUGUAAAAAAAAAAGUUCCUUUAAAAGAAUCAAAUAAGUGAGACAGAGAGGAUUUGUACCUUAAGACAGCUGACACCCAUGUUUGUAAAGGAGGAGGAUGUGGGCUUGCUCCCAUUAGAAACUUUAUUAUAGACUUGGAAGCAAGACUAUUGGCAGCUUGUUCUAAAGCAUUUAUCUAGGGAAGUAUAGAUUUUUAAAGAGUUGGUAAUAGGAAAACAUGUAUUAUGUUCUUAAAGCAAUAAACUGUUGAUUGAACAAAUUGCAA